AUGUGGCAGAUGCAACAGAUGCAGCAGAUGCAGCAGAUGCAGCAGAUGCAGUGGGCUGCUGCGAUGGAGAUGGAGAACCGGCGCCUGCAGCAGAUUGCGGCCGCUCAAGCAGCCAUGAUCAGGGACAUCAGCCAGGAAAUUCAUGGCGCGGCCAAGUUGGACCCGAAGAUUGAGGGCACGAACCGGAAGCAGCAAAAGCCAAAGCAGCCGCCAGCGCUUUCGCCGUGGCAGUCCAUGGAGCCGCUGAAGAUCGCCCUGGACUCCCCGCAGUCUACGGCCUGCUCGGAAGGACCGGCUUUCUCCUACAUGUCGCCGCUGCCCUCACCAGGUUCGCUGUCGCCUCCGCUGUCGCCUCCCAUGACGCCGCCGGGUCUGGCGCCGUGCCCGCCGCCUGGCUUGGAGCCCAGCGAUGAGGAAACGGAGAACCCUGGCUUGACCAUCGAAAUGGAGAACCCCAGCUUCAGCAUCUCCAGUAGCCCGCUGGAGGGUGUCACGGCGACGUGGACGAUUGCCAACCCUGAGGCGAAGCUGCGGGUGAGCUGUGGGUCCGCGCUGGUGUCGCCGCCCUUGUCGGGUCUGGCGGAGGGCCUGCGCCUGCUCUUCUCCCCAGGGGAGAAGUGGCUGCAUGACUUCCAGGCGAAGAAGGCAAAGAAGUGCAAGAAGAGCGCCGAGCGCCAUCCGCGCUUUGGCGCCUUGCAGCUGAAAUUCGCAGGAGAACGCACUUCAACGGAGCCCUUGACGCUGAUCUUCACAGUUGGCAAGGUGCGGCUGCAGCCAGUGACAGCUUGUGCCGGAGAGGGCGCCUGCCGAGUGGAGCUGCCCAGGGAUUGGCGGCUGGAAGUGGAAGGUGGCUCGUUGACCGUGGGCGUGGAGGUUAUUGAGACGAAGCAGUGCCACUCAGAUGCAUAA